AUGUUGAGUAACUAUAUAUGUUGACUGCAUAACAUCCUCGGCGGGGAAAUUUCCCAGUGGAGGUGCAAGUAGAGAAGGGAUACGCAAUCAUGGCUCUGACUGUUUGGCGUGGCAGUGUCCCUCAGCUGUACAGGGCUCUCAGUGGAGCGGUUUCGGUAGCUGCUCGGCAGCAGAGCACAGCGCCCCAACCAAGCACUGCUCCUGCAAAGUACAAGCCAUAUUCACCCUUCCAGAACACAUCCAAUGCUGCAGAAUUUGCUGUUGCGAGAUUAGAUGAUUUGCUUAACUGGGGUCGUAAGGGUUCAUUGUGGCCCUUAACCUUUGGGUUGGCAUGCUGUGCUGUGGAGAUGAUGCAGUGUGCUGCAGCCCGAUAUGAUAUUGAUAGGUUUGGUAUCGUUUACCGAGCUUCACCUCGCCAAGCAGAUGUCAUCAUUGUGGCUGGUACAUUGACCAACAAAAUGGCUCCUGCUCUGAGAAAGGUUUAUGAUCAGAUGCCUGAGCCUCGUUGGGUCAUCUCCAUGGGUUCCUGUGCUAAUGGUGGAGGCUACUACCACUACUCCUACUCUGUAGUUCGUGGAUGUGAUCGCAUUCUCCCUGUAGAUAUUUACUGCCCUGGCUGCCCCCCAACUGCCGAGGCACUUCUCUACUCCCUCCUCCAGCUCCAGCGCAAGGUUAAGAAGAUGAAGACCCUGCAGAUGUGGUACAGGAAGUAAAGAAAAUAUACAGGCCACCUUUCACUGCUCUUAUAAUGAUAGAACGACAUGUUUAGCAUUAGGUAUAUGAUGUUAAUUUUUAUGCUCACUCCUGUACAUAAGGAAAUGUUUGGUCCUUUCAAAGGACUAAUAAUAUGAGGUGUUUUGGUGAGAAUUAUAUGCCUAUCUCCUUUAUUAGUUGGUUAUACCAUAACAAAAGUUACCUACACAGCACUGUGAGGUUGGUUAUUAUAACAUGCAGCAGAACCCUAUCUUUGUAAUAUUUAAUUUUCAGAAAUGGCAAAACUGUAUAUAUUAUAAAUAAACAUUAAUUAU